AGUUGUCAGCAAGCCAAAAGCCAACGUGGAAUCGCAAAGCAAGCUGAAAACGCAAACGAAAUCGUCCAGCAAGCUGUGGAAAUCCAUUUCUCCGUGUAGUUUUGCUUACGUUGGAUCGUACGGUAACGUUUUGGACACAAUCCCUCAUCCCUGCAAGUAAAAGAUGGAACAAAUCACCAAGUUCUACGAACCCGGCCGCUCGUUCGCCAAGGAUUCCAUCCGACUGAUCAAGCGGUGUACCAAGCCGGACCGUCGCGAGUUCCAGAAGAUCGCUAUCGCUACCGCCAUCGGGUUCUGCAUUAUGGGAUUUAUCGGUUUCUUCGUCAAACUGAUACACAUCCCAAUCAACAACAUCAUCGUCGGAUCGUAAGGUGUUCCUGUUCCGCUUUGACCGAGUGACCGUUCAUCAUCCAGAGGCAGCGUCCCGAUUUCUUCACUUCUUCACCAUGCAUCUGACGACUGAUUACCCCGCUAGCGUGGUCACAUUCUUCGAGUGAUGGCCAACUUUCACCGCUAAAUCCAGAACGCAACAUCAUCCACCCCCUCCCAAAUAUCUUGGGCGCGACAAAGAGGACGACGGGGCAACGCUGCGAUGCUUCGGAGCCUUUAUUCUUUCUUUUGCCGUUGGCCUUUAAUCUAGUGUGUAAUUCCCUGUUUCCGUGUUUUGUGGAGCGUGUGAGUGUAUGUGGUAGCCACGAUUGCCACGUAAUUUUUUUUGUGGAAACCAAUAAAAUAUUUAUUGUUUCACUAAACGAC